AUGUUGGAUGCUGCUGCGAAGGAGAAACCUUGGCCUUUUCGGGUCAACAGAAUUGGAAGCUACCUAUUGAUUGACAUCGAAGGUCCUUGUGGCGACUUGGACAUCAAGGAGGGUGUGCCAGCUGAGCGAAAGUUUCCGGAGAUCGGGAGGAGGUCAAAGAGUCUGGCGAACCAAGUUCCACGGGCGUUAAGUUCGGAAGCAGCUUUUGCGCUCUUGGGCCAAGGCCUCAAUGCCGUGUGGGAGAAGAAGGGAAAACGCACAAGCGUGCCGGCCACUAAAGUGUUGAAUCAUGUGCUUGAGAUCAUGCCAGACUUCAAAGUGCGCAACACACCUUUCAAGAAGUUUGCACGUAUGUUGGAUUCUGCUGCGAAGGAGAAACCUUGGCCUUUUCGGGUCGAAAGAAAUGGAAGCGACCCAUUGAUUGACAUCCAAGAAUUGGAAGCUACCUAUUGA